AUUGUACGGUCAUACUUUUUUUCAUCGCAGCCAACUUCAACUCAACGCGUCGGUAUAAAAUUUCGGGGGCCAUUAUUUAUUUGCAACUAAUGCGAAUGUAAAAGUGAAGUGAUUAAAAGACGCGAGCUCGGUGCUAGCAAGUAGUUAUACUAUUGUUUGGACAUUACCCCAGUGCGUGUGCUGUUUUGUGGAGAGCGCAUAUUCAUUUCGCACAUUUUUCCUGUUUUUUCGCUUCGCCUGCAUUGGUGUGAGCGAUAGUGUGACUGUGUGUUUCUGCCGCCAAUCCUAAGCCGAAGCGGAUAAAAUGGAUGUGGCGAAAUUGGAGAAGAUGAAGGUGGUGGACCUUCGAAACGAGCUCCAGUCGCGCGGCCUGGAUACCAAGGGAGUUAAAGCGGUGCUCAUUGAGCGCCUGCGAGCUCAUGUGGAAGGUGGUGCCGGCGAAGGAGAUGGCAUGCCGGUCACGCCUAGCCGUCGGCAGCGACGCACCCGAUCGAUGUCCCGCUCGCCCUCUCCUGUAGCAGCUGCCCCGGUUGCCGCCGAAACGGCUCUCGAAACUCUGGAAGAGGAGGACCAGGCGGAAGAGCCUGCUCCAGAAACCCAUUCAGAGCCCGAGGCCGAUCCAGAACCAGAGAAAGAACCGGAGCAGGAACCGGAGCCGGAACCAGAACCAGAAUCCGAGCCCAUCGUGCCGGCAGAAGAUAAGUCAGAAGAAGCAGUCGAGGCGGACGAGGAACAGCAAUCGCCGCAGGAGGACGAGGCCGAAGAUAAUGCAUCCGAACAGGAAACGGUAGAUGCCCCAGACCAGGAUGCCGAUGUGCGUAUGGAGGAAGCCAAUGACAAUGGAGAUGAAAAACAGCAAGAACAUCGCGACACUGUCGAGGAGCCCCAGGAAAAUGGAAACAGUCAGAAAAUGGACGUUGACGAGGCGGCCGAAGCUCCCCCAGCCGACGGAGACGGAGCAGAAGCCACUGAGAAGUCGGAGCAGCCUUCAGAGCGGCGCAAGCGGUCACACAGCCGGUCGCGCUCCCGGUCGCGCAGCGGCAGUCGCUCGCCAAAACAGCGCAGCAGUGUGGGCGACAAGCGCGACUCCAAGGCAGCUGCCGAGGAGCGUACUGUACCCGAGGACGAGCCCGCCAUCGAGGAGAACAAAGUGGGACUCAGCUGGGUGGACUCUGAUCUGCAUCUGCGCAUUGAUCCGACCACGUUCGCCUCCGCCAAGCCUCUGUCAUCGGAGAUAUACUCACUCAUUUGGUCCGGAGCCCGCGCCAACUUCGGAGUGCGAGAGGGCAAGGUGUGCUUCGAAGUGCGACUGUCGGAGGAGUCACAGCCCGAGAAUUCGCACCACUUCCGAGAUGAGCCGCAUGUGCGAGGCUUUCGCGUAGGUUUCUCCACGUCCAAGAGCUCGUUGUUGCUGGGGGAGGCGGAACAUUCCUUCGGGUACUGCGAGACCGGUCGGAAGGCCAACCAAGGUGAGUUUUCAGACUACGGCAAGCCUUUCCAGCUGGACGAUGUAGUCGGCUGCUACCUGGACUUGGAAAGCGAGCCGUCUACCAUUCAGUACACCCUGAACGGCGAGGAUCUUGGCGUGGCCUUCGAGUUCGACAAGAGCAUCUUGGGCGAGGAGCAAGCCCUCUAUCCGCACAUCCUUACCAAGGGCUAUGAGUUUUCGGUGAACUUCUCUGACACAGAGCAGUUGCUUGUGAAUGCCGAGAGACCGACGCGCAAGCGCCGUAAGCCCCGUAAGGAGGAGGACAAGGACGAUGAUAAGGACGACAACGAUGGCGAGAAGUGGAAGGUCUUGGACGAGGCCACCGCCGACGACGAUGAGGUCGAGAAGAAGGACGACGACGCCAAGGAGGAGCAGCCCAGCGAAGAAGCCAAAAAAUCCGAAAAGGCCGAGGAGGAAGAAGCUGGCGAGAAAAUGGAAACGGAAGCUGAGAACGAGAGCGAACAAAAGCCAACUGUUGAAGAGGCUGAGCCAAAGCCAGUAGCCACCGAAGCUACAGAGACUGAAGCCAGUUCAGGCGUUUCUAAUGGGGACGCUGCCGCUGAGAAGGCAACUGAUGACAAGCCCACCGAGGCGUCCUCGACUGCUAAUGAGGACGAUGAGGAAGGUCCCUCGCCCAACAAACGUCCCAAGACCGACGAGGAUGUGGAGAAGGAGAAGGAAAAGGAAAAGGAGAAAUCCCAGACGACCGACGACGAGUACGAGGAAGUUGUUCCCGAGCCAAGGGAAACAGCCGCCCUGUUGGAGGGCUAUGUGCUGAUCGGCCUGGUGGCUGUGGAGAAACUAGUCGCUGGUCCCCAGCGUGCCGAAUCCCGCAAAGAGUGCGAGGUUAUCCUGCUGGUUGGCUUGCCGGGAGCCGGAAAAACACACUGGACUUUGAAGCACAUAGCUGAGAAUCCUGACAAGCGUUACGACGUUAUUGGACCCGACUCAUUCAUAGCAAGGAUGACAAUCGACGGUGCUUCCCGUAAAACGGUGCACAAAGGACGAUGGGAUAAGGUUUACGAGACGUGCUUGAACAGUCUUGGAGCUCUGGAAGACAUCGCCAUGAAGCGGCGACGCAAUUUCAUACUUGAUCAGACCAAUGUAUAUGCCUCGGCCCAGCGACGUAAAAUGAAGGGGUUUAGCGACUUCAAGCGCAUCGCAGUUGUGUGCGUUCCCAGCGAAGAUGAGUUGAAACGUCGCAUCGCCGAAAAAGAGGAAAAGGGGAAUGCUUUUACAGUUAAAGAGUCAACAAUUAAUAACUUACGAGCCAACUUCACAUUGCCGUCACUGGAGUUUGGUUGGUUCGACGACAUAAACUACACCGAGCUGACCGGCGACGAGGCCAAGAGCGAGGUCAAGCGGUACAACGAGAAGGGCAAGAAGGCCAUCGACGCCGACAGGUCGCGGGACAAGCGGUCCAGAGGCGGGCGCGACAACUAUCGACGCGACGACCGCAACCGGAGUCGUUACAACGAUGACCGUCGCCGCGACUACGGCGGCCAACGGCACGACAGCCGAUGGAGCGACAACAGGCGCGGUGGUGGCUACUCCAGCAACAGCGGCGGUGGCGGCAGCCGGGGAUACGACAACCGGCGCAGCUACAACAGUGGUGGCGGCCAGAACUGGAUGCAGAACAACCGAAGAAGUGGCUACGACGACCGCGGCUAUGGUGGAGGCGGCGGCGGCGGUGGAGGCAGCGGCGGCGGUGGCGGUGGCGGCAGUCGAGGCUAUGAUAACCGGAAUCGCGGUUAUGGCGGAGGCAGCGGUGGCAGCCAACAGAAUUGGAUGCAAGGCGGCGGAGGAGGAGGUGGCAACCGUCGCAGUGGGUAUGACGAUCGCGGCUACGGAAGUUCGCGGGACUACAGAGAUCGAGACCGCGGUAACGACCGCAGUCGAAUGGGCAGCAACGACCGUAACCGGGGCAGCAGCCAGAGCAGUUAUCGCUCCGGAGGCAGUGCUCAUCAACAACGGGAUUUUCGGCCUGGCCACCGCGACACCAAAGAAGAUAGUCGCGGUGGCUAUGAGCGAUCGGCUGGUCAAUCGCUGCCCAAGUACGGCAAUAACUCGGCUGCCGGCGGUGGCUACGAACAAUACAAACAGCAGACGGGUGGAGUAUCCGGCGGAGGCAAGUCCUCUUUGAGCGGUAAAUGGAGCACGUAUACCCAGCCACAACAGGCGCAGCAACACCAGCAGACAAGCGCCUGGCAGACGCAACAGCAGGCGCAGCCGUACCAGCAGCAGCAACAGUCCACCGGCCAGCAGCAGCAGUAUUGGGGCUACAAUCAAAUGCAAGCUGGUUAUGGCAACCAACAACAGCAACAACAACAGGCCUGGCAGGGAGCUGAUCAGCAACAGCAAUGGAUGUCCUGGUGGCAGCAACAGCAACAGGGCUCCGGUGGAUCGGCAGGCAGUAAUGCCGGCGGCGGAGCGAGUGUGAAUGUGGGUGGCGCUGCCGGUAAUGAUGGUGGUGCCACCAAUCACUAUUGGUCUCAAUAUUCAUACUCCACGCAGUCCAAUACAGGCUCCGACAAGAAGUAGAGUGUGCUCUUUCCUCCACCUCCAGCAGCCUGUUCAGUCAAAACCGCAGCAUUCUCAAGAAAGUGCGAACCACAAAUCGGAACUACAUUUUAUAAAAUAGUUUUAAAGAUUAACAACCAGUAAAAAAAAAAACAAGUAACCUAGUUUAGCCAGUUUAGGCGUUUGGACGAUUGGGCGACUCCAAACCGAACACCCACUACUUAGAGGGACACCGCUCCCUCAACCACAUUCUUGCGAAACUAAAUAUGCAUAAUACAGAACUGUGCACCACAAAGCAAGUAAGAUAAUUGUGAAAAGACUUCACUUGCAACUGAACAACUGGCGGGCAACAGUAAUGAUUUGUUUUUCAUUUUCCAAAGGCAUUUCUCUUUGACUGCGACAUAGCAAUAACUCUUAAAUCAGUCUAUCAUUUGGCAUUACGUAUCUAGGCAGUACAAUUUGUUUUUAAACGGUUAUUAUAAUUAUUGUUUUUUUAUUUUACAACAAACGCAAACAGUUGGAAGACAAGAAUUAGACAGAGACUUUAACAAAUAAAUUUAAUUACAUUGAAAAAUUAA